AUGGAGGGCGCUUCCUUCGGAGCCGGGCGGGCGGGCGCGGCGGUGGACCCCGCGGAAUUCGCCAAGCGGCCCCAGACCCUCCUCAGGGUCCUCGCCGGGGUGUUCUCUAUUGUGGUGUUUGGCUCCAUCAUCAAUGAGGGUUACGUGAACACAGAUAAGUCUCCGGUGCUGCACUGCAUCUUCAACAGCAAUGAAGGAGCCUGCAACUAUGGCAUCGCAAUAGGGCUGCUGGCCUUCCUGGCCUGUACCUUCUUCCUGGUGAUGGACCUCUACUUCCAGCAGAUCAGCAGUGUGAAGGACAGGAAGCGCCUUGUCCUCGUGGACCUUGGCUUUUCUGGCUUCUGGUCCUUCCUCUGGUUUGUGGCGUUCUGCUUUCUGGCCAACCAGUGGCAGCGGACACCUGACAGCAAAGGGGCAUCCCAAGGAGGAGAUGCCGCCCGAGCCGCCAUUGCCUUCUCCUUCUUCUCCAUCAUCUCCUGGGUUGCCCUGACCAUCAAAGCCCUCCAAAGAUACCGGAUGGGGACUGACAUGUCUCUCUUCGCCACAGAUCAGUUUGACCCCGAUCCCAUGGCAGGAUAUCCGGGACACCCUCCCACCAGUGGUGGCAUCGAAAGCACAGAAACCUACCAGAGCCCACCGUUCUCCGAGACCCUGAACACCAGCCCCAAAGGUUACCAGGUGCCAGCUUACUGAGAGGGCAGGUGGCCCCUCCCCCAGAUGAGGUUUCAGAGCAAACCGAAACCAGACCCAGAAAAAUGGGCUGACAUACCACAAGGUGCAAGUAUAGUCAACAGAUUGGUUGCAAGUGUAUUCAAAAAUAUUUUCCUUUUCCUUGUUUUUUUUUUUACAUGUGGCAAGUUAUGUGUUGGGUUAAAUUUACUCUUAGCUAAUGGUGCAGUGAAUUCUGUACAGUGAUUCUUGUCUUAUCUGUCCAAGGAUAUUUUUGUAUUAAAAAGAAAGAAAAGGGCAACAGUGUUCCCUCUAAGCAGGAAACUCUAGAAAAGCUGCAACUCCCAUUUCCCUGACUACAGUGGCAUUUAGUCGUGUUGACACUUGGCUGCAAGUGCACAAAAAACCUGGCGAGCCACAGGGCGCUAGAGGGAUGUGGGUGGCAGCCCAAAACAAGAUGGCAGCCAUCACUGCGUGAUCAAAGCCCUGUUCCUUGUUUGUAGGUGUCAUGAAUACCCAAGGGACCAGCCAUCUCUCCUGGCCAGCUGGUACUUCAAGUACUUCCAAGGUAACCCAAAAAAUAAUUCUCCCAGACACUCCUAGAAAUCUGUCUUCUCUGUCUCCCUCCUUUUCAAUUUUCUUUCGUCGUAGAAAGAACUUAGAAAAGUUAAAAAGGAAUGUGCCAAAUUAAAAUACCAGAAAGUAUAGCCGUGUUAUCUUCUCUGAUGUACAGUUGGAUGUAUGUAAGUGCUAUACAUGGGACAAUAAAUGUGUAUAUACUGCACACGUGUGUUUCUGGUAUUCCAGGACACUUUGUUGUUUAAAUUGUGCACUUAAAAAGCUAAGCCUUGUUCCAGAUAGGAAGCAAACCAAUAAAAGUCCUUCAACGGCAAGAAAUGUAGCAUUUGGCCAAACUAGGUGCCAUCUCAAGAUUUGGUGGCUCCUAUGAUCUCUUCUUUGAAGAACCACCAUUCUUGUUGAGAAAUCAGAAAGGGAAGUUGCGAGGAUUCCCAAAGUCAACAGUGGAGACGUGAUUUCAGACCCUGGGUUUCAGAUAUUCCAGACAAUAUCCCCCCAGAUAUUGGUAAAGAUUACUGACAUUUGACACGCUCUUUUUCAAUACGAAUGAGACCAAAAUGUUAUUCCUGCCACCCCUUUAAAAUAGCCGUGUCUCAUGUUGAGGCUAACUAUGCUUUACUCUGAAACAAAGAUCCACGUGGGCAUAAUAAGCAUCGUAACAUUGAGAAAAUGUCCUCUUUCCUUUGCAACUCAAGUAACCUUUCAUAGGGACAGUGAGAUCCUUAAGUUUCAAAAGCAAAAAUAUUUGUAAUAUAAUUCCCCUAUAAAGGACCAGAAACACUGAAGACAACAAAACAUGGGUGUUGGGUUUGAGGUGACUGAGUUGAUAUAAAACAGAGAAUGGAAACAGGUUUUCUUUAUAGGAAAAAGAAAUUAUUUUAAAUAAUUUCAGCUGCAAUAGGGGAACGUAGUCUUAGGAUCCUUCUGCAGAGAAUACUGGUGUCCCAGUAUUCUUUUAAAGAUCUAAAUAUAUUAAGACUUUCCCAAGUGCAAAAAAAACAUGAAAGUGAGAUAAUAGAUAUUUUAGCUGCCUCUGAUAUCUUGGAGUGGGAAAGGCAGGAAAUCAAACAGAAAUAGUAAGCAACCAAUACACUAAAUUUUUACAGAGACUGUUAAAAUGGUCGUGGUCCUAUUUCAGCCUUAAAACACACCAGAUUUGAUUCUGUAAGGUGAUCAAGUCAGCCUUGGCAGUUCAAAAGCAGUGCAAGAUUGAAGAUGUUUUUAAAACAGGGUAGAAUUGAAGCAAUACAGUAUUUUCCUUAGAGAGAACACUGCAAUGUUAGCAGCCCACAAAACUUGUGUUUCAGCAUUUUAGGAAGAAAUCUUGCAGACUCAGAAGCAGAAUUAUCAAAUAUUUAAAUGUUUCUCUUGACUGUACACGUGAAAUAAAUGUCUGUUCAGUAGUGUACUUUUUUCCUAACUAUAAAGAAACCCUUUUCAGACUAUCCUUGUGCUAACUAAGGAAAAAAGAAAAAACGGGAGAGAUUAUGUUCUGUUGGAGUGGUAGAAAUGUCUUGGUCACUGUUUAUGUGUUAGGGAUUAUUACCGUUCUGAAUGUAUGCACGUGCUGCCUACGCAUGUAGUUCCUUCCUUUCAGCCUCCAGAGCUUAAGGGGAGAGGCAGGAACUGGUUCGGUAGCUUGGGCAAAGCUGUGCCAAUGCGUCAUGCAGCAUUCACCACUCAGGCUGGCACUGAAAACGGAAUGGACUAAAAGACACGGUGUUUGGGGGGGGGGCAGAGGAGCCAGCCUAAUCCAAAACAGGGGCCUUGGCUCAAGCCGGAAGCUCUGCUCACCCACCUCAGCCCGAUGGAGAAAGGUUGCCCCAAGAUGGCAGCUGGGCCAGCACUGCAUUGGCAAGCGGC